AUGCAGAUGGGUUAUUCUGAAAGUACUCAUCACAUUUACCAAAUCAAGUGUGGUCUUAAAAUUACCACCACCAAGAAAUGCAAUCCGUUUUCGGCUGAUCUGUUCGGUAUUGGAUCCACUGCACGUACAGUUCCUCUCUUGUGCAGCUCUUCCUCGGACCCCAAAGGGGACUACUGUGAGCAAGUUUGGAAAGAUUGCAAAAGCACAGAAAUAUCCAACUCCCCUUUUCAGCCAAGAAAUGUUGCGCUUACUGGUUCAGCUUCCAUGCUUACUGAUUUUUGGCACUCAGAAAAUGACUUUUGUGCGUCACAUUUCGGUACACCACACAACCAGUCAGUAUGCUUCAAUGGGCAGGGGGUCUCGUUUAAUGCUAGGAAGGACUCUUCACCAUCUCCUACUCCUACUGGGGUUUGCCUUGAGAAGAUUGGUAAUGAAUCCUACCUUAACAUGGUUGCUCACCCUGAUGGGUCCAACAAAGCCUUCUUCUCCAGACAAGAUGGGAAGAUAUGGUUGGCUACUCUUCCUGAACAAGGAAUGCAAGACGGUCUGCAAAUUGACGAGAUGAGCCCGUUUCUUGAUCUCGCGACUGUAGGUCACCUCAGUUCGGACCUUGGACUCGUAGAUCUAGCGCUUCAUCCGGAUUUUGCAAACAAUGGGCGUUUCUUUGUUUCAUACAUUUGUGAUGGAACUCAGUCACCCAACUGCACUGGUAGGUGUUCAUGUGAUCAGGAAGUGGAGUGUGAUCCCUCAAAGCUCGGCUCUGAUAAAAAUGGUGCACACCCUUGCCAGUACCAUCUAGUUAUCUCAGAGUAUUCUGCUGAAGGUUCACCAUCAAGAUUUUCUGAGGCAACAUAUGCCGAUCCUUCAGAAGUCAGAAGGGUAUUUUCAAUGGGGCUCCCAUAUGUUUCUAACCAUGCUGGUCAGCUCCUUUUUGGACCUACCGAUGGAUACCUAUACCUUUUCACGGGAAAUGGUGGGAUAAGAGGUGACCCUUUUAACUUCUCCCAGAAUAAAAAGUCACUUUUGGGAAAAAUCAUGAGGCUCAACAUUGAUGAACUUCCAGAGCUGAAUGAAGUUGCUAACCUAAGCAUAUGGGGUAAUUAUACAAUACCAAAGGACAAUCCAUAUACUGAUGACAGCAACUUACGACCAGAGAUUUGGGCCUUGGGUCUUGAAAACCCAUGGAGAUGCAGCUUCGACUCCGGGAGGCCUUUCCACUUGUACUGUGCAGAUGAUGUCCAGGACCAAUACAAAGUGAUAGAUUUGAUAUCCAAGGGUGGCAACUAUGGGUGGGUCGGUGUGUAUGAGGACCAGCAUGUUGGCUAUCCACCAUGGGCUGCUCAAGUAACCAAACCUACACAAGGCAUCAUUUUCCCCAUAAUGGGCUAUAAGGUUUCUUCAUCUGCCUCGGAGAACAUGGAAUCUGCAUCCAUUGUUGGUGGGUAUGUCUAUCGUGUUACCCUUGGUAUUUCUUUCACCGUUUCGGCCAUCAUCAUCGACAUUGCUUUCGCCGCUCUUUGUGUCUUCCAUGUCACCGACUUUACCUUCGCCGGCUUCUCCAUGGCUUGA